AUGAUUCCAAGCUUGUUCUUCAUUUUCAACCGCCUGGUGGAGAUUGUCUUUUUGAUACCCAUCAUUGGCAUGAUGUCCUAUUUCGUCAAUGGUUAUCUCAAAGCAAACCAACUCACGCCACCAUACAUCCUGGUCCUGUUCAUUGUUAGCGUUCUCGCAGUCUUCUGGGCGAUCGAUACCCUGAUCCGACAUGGGACUACCAAGCGCUCCGCCAUCUUCGUCGCAUUCGUGGAUCUCCUCUUCUGCGGCGCUUUCAUCGCGGGCGUCUACGAGCUCCGUUUCAUCGCCAACGCCAACUGCUUGCAUUGGGAGGGAGGAGCUGUGUACGUUUCUCUCGGACCGUUUGGGCUCUACGGCGAAAGAACCGGCAACCCAUUGGCCCUGGAUAUCAACAAGAGCUGUGCGAUGCUGAAGACCUGCUUUGCGUUUGGAAUCAUGGAGACGCUGUUCUUCUCCUGGACGGCCUUCUGGGCGAUCUUUAUGUAUCAGCGAGAGUCCAAGGUUGUCGUUAGGGAGACCAAGGUCCGAAGGAGGAGCCACAGCAGUCGACGUGGUCAUUCGAAUCGUCACCGCAGUUCCUCGAGCCGACGGCCCCAUUACGUGGUUUAA